AAAAAAAAGCUUCGUACAGUACAACAGCUCGAGCCGCGUGUCCUUCAGUGUUCUAAACCCCAGGUGGAGACCCGAGGACUGUCAUCUCACAAAAAACAGCAACCAUGAGCGAGAGACAAAGUUCUGGAGCAGCAAGUGUAAAGGACAAGAAAUCAAGUGACAAUGAUAACCAAAAGAAAGUUCAGGAGCAGGACGACUUCGACAUUGACAUGGGCGCCCCAGAAACAGAGAAAGCAGCCGUGGCAAUACAAUCUCAGUUCAGAAAAUUUCAAAAGAAGAAGCAGGGUGCAGACGACUCAUAGUACCUACCUCUCGCCACUAGGGGAAUGAGAAAACAAAUUUAAAAAAAUUUUAUCUGAAAAAAACAAAAAAAAAAAAAAAGAGGAUAGAAUGAUUUAUCAGGAAAUUCUAAACAUAUAGGGUGCAUGUACAAAGGGUCUAACUAUUUAUAGUCUAUUAGACACAAUCACUGAGCGCUUCACUGGAGUAUCUUUAUCUAGAAACCAAACCGUAACCUCCUAUUUUAUGUGAUGUUAUAAUAAAACCUGCUGAGAUGAUACGUGGAAA